UACAACGAAACCCUAAUGGGAGGCCCUCUUUGGUUUCUCGCCCUCGCCAUCGUCGUCGUCGUUAAGCCAAGCUUCUUCUGCGGCGGAGCUUCGCACUUUGCAGCCAUGGUGGAACGCAAGGGAGAGCGCAUCAGGUUGUAUGUUCGGGGUACCAUCCUCGGUUACAAGAGGUCGAAAUCGAACCAGUACCCCAGCACCUCGCUCCUCCAGAUCGAAGGUGUGAACACAUCUGAGGAAGUUAACUGGUACCUUGGAAAGAGGUUGGCUUACGUUUACAAGGCCAAGACCAAGAAGAAUGGAUCCCAGUUCCGUGUUAUUUGGGGCAAGGUGGCCCGCGCCCACGGUAGCAGUGGCGUUGUCCGCGCCAGAUUCAGGAGCAACCUCCCUCCCUCGUCUCUGGGCGGCAGAGUCAGAGUGUUCAUGUAUCCCAGCCGCAUCUAAACUGGAGCCUAAGGAUUGAAAGUUUUGAACGAAUUUCUGGAACACCUCUUUGUAGAAUCAAAUUUUCUGGAACUUUGGAGGAUUCAAUGAUGGCAGUGAGUGUGAGAAUGUUACUGCUUCCUUUUGAAAGGAGUUCAAUUCUUUCACAUUUGCACCAGACUGGAUCUUUCCUGAAUUGUUUUUUUUCUCUUUUUUUGGUCUUAUUGCAUUGACGGGCAUGACA